AUGGCGUUAUUCGUACCAGUGAAGAAGAAACUCAUGGAUGUUAAACUAGGAGAGCUGCCAAGCUGGAUAUUGAUAUGGGAUUUCACACCUAAAGGCAUUUUUGGAGCCUUUCAAAGAGGUUACUACUGGUAUUACAACAAGUACGUCAGUGUGAAGAAAGGGGGUGUCGCUGAGGUUUCCAUGGUGCUGGCAGGUUACGUGCUUUUCAACUACUGCCUUUCUUACAAGGAACCCAAGCAUGAGCAGCAACACGAGUACCACUGA